UUUACAAGCGACGUAAUCAUAUCAGUCGUCUGGGUUUUUAUUUUCUUGCUUGGUGACUGGCAGAACGCCAAACGUGCCGUUAAUUUUCCAUUCAUGUGUGGGCACCCCUCUACCCCCGUCACGAAUUACAUAAAAAUCCUUGUGAGCCAUACUUCCGUUAGCUUUUGCUUUUUCCUCCGUCGCUCUCUCUCAUUCGUACAUACGCUCUUUGCUUGCACACCAAAUGUUGAAUCCCACUAGAAAAUACAGCACUCGCCCCACACUAAUUGAUUCAUUCUAUGAGUGCACGCACAGCGGCUGCAAAGUUUCCACUGGGCUGGUAACAUGCUGUUGCUCCAUCUCGCUUGCGCAGCCGGCCAUUUGAUUUGGCAAGGCAAAGUUUAUGGUCAAGAUCACUGUAACGGUAUUGGAAUGCGCUCUCUCACGGGAUAAGUUUCAAUUGCAAAUUGCAACCUCAAUUGUCGUCGCAUGGCGUGAGAGACGUUCCCUCAUCUCUCACAAAAUGUUCGAAAUUAGAAAUUACAUUCAUUUGGCGUUUCCACUUUUAGUUUCUGUGAAUCGUUUGUGGCGACCGACCGAAUAGCCGAACAGGGCUCCUCCUCCGCACAAAAACAAAAACGCCGUGAUUGCAAUGGCUGCUCCGCUGCUGUGGCAGAACUUCAAGGUGUUCCUCACCAGGUAUCCGAUAGCGCGUGGCAUGAUAUCGUACAGCCUGAUUUGGCCCUCGGGCAGCCUCAUCCAGCAGACAUUCGAGGGCAAGAGGUGGGGUGAGUGUGGUGGAUGCUCUGCCUUGGUUAGGCUUUCUGUUAUGCUCAAUCUGUCUCCAGGCAACUAUGACUGGUGGCGCGUGAUGCGAUUCAGCAUGUACGGCGGCCUCUUCGUGGCACCCACUCUUUAUGGAUGGAUUAAGGUGUCUAGCGCCAUGUGGCCGCAGACCUCACUGCGAACGGGUAUAAUUAAAGCGGCGGUGGAGUCCAUAUCGUACACACCCGGUGCCAUGACCUGCUUCUACUUCAUCAUGAGUCUGCUUGAGUCCAAGACGGUCGAGGAGGCUGUGACCGAGGUUGGGAAGAAGUUUCUGCCCACCUACAAAGUGGCUCUGUCUGUGUGGCCCCUGGUGGCGACCAUUAAUUUUAGCCUUAUACCAGAGCGCAACCGAGUGCCGUUCAUUAGUGCCUGCAGCCUGUGCUGGACGUGCUUUCUUGCUUAUAUGAAGCAUUUGGAGCACCACGAGGUGGAUGUAGCCAUUUAAUUAGUAGCUGUUGUUGUUAUUCUACCCAUUGUAUUAAUUAUUUAAAUUCAAUUUAAAUAUAACUAGCUUUUAAGCGAAA